CAUAUUUUUAAUUCAACGUUUCGACUACUGAAAUAAAAAUAUGAUAUGAUUUUAUAUCGAAAUACGCCGGCUAACCAUCCAGGUCUUUUCAGACCAGCUGUAUCAAUUUUGCAGGGGGGAGUUUUUAGUUUUUGUAAAAUUUGUAAAAUUCAGGGGGGGGUGCGGUGAAGACAUAAACUUUUAUACAAAAUAUUUUUUUGUAAUGGUAUAGUAUAGUGUGCAUAGUACGUGAAAUUUAACUGCGUUUGGACAAUAAAUGUUGAAUAAAAAACACCACAAAUCACUAUGAAACAGCAAGGCAUCCUUUUGUUGUUUAUUGUACUUCUGUACAAUAUUUCAUUGGCGUUUUUCGCACCUUUGGAAUCGAAUGACAACUCUGUGUCUGUGGAAUAUGGCGGCGUGACAGCCGAACAGCUACUUGCUUACUCAAAACACGACGCCAAGUACAACGUUAUAUCCAACGAAAUUGAUUCAUUUUCAUGGCCUUCUUUUCUAAAAGGUCUCGAAUGCGAUGCUUGUAAGUUUAUAACCGGUUUUAUGCAGGGCUUAUUUCGUUUGAACAAGACAGACGAAUUCAUUGCAAGCGCUGCUAUAUUUUGGUGUGAAAAAUUGAAAAUUGAAGACACUCGCGUCUGCUCUGGAAUAAUCCCAGAAUUUAAAAACGAAGCGUUGAGCGUGUUCGAUGAAGUUGGACUAGCACCGAAGGAAAUUUGUGGGUUAAUUCUUGGUCCUUCGUGUAGUGUAGUUAGAGAUUUAUAUCCAGAUUGGAACAUCAGUUUACCAAAUGUACCCAAGCCACCCGUUCAUCCUAUACCGUCGCCGAAAGUGAGUAGCUAGCUGGAUUUUUAUUUGUUUUGCUUUGUAUAAAGCAUGUUUGUAUUAAAUUGGGGAGGUUUUUAAAGUUAUUUAGGUUUUUUAAAGAUAAUUGAUGGUGGAUUGUGAAGGAAUUUAGUUUUGUUUAUGUUGUUGUUGAAAGUCACGAGAUUUGGCAAUUCAAUUGUGGCAAUUAAUACGUCAGACAAGGUCAAUGUCAUCCCACAGCAGCAAUGAUAAUUUUUUAAGAUACUUCUGACACAAAGUCCCAAACCACGGCAGCUUAUUGUAGAAUACUACCUACACUGAACCACCACGUUUGAGAUAUCUUUUUCAGGUAGUUCAGACACAAACCACGACAGCUAGCUUAUUGUAGAAUACUACCUACACUGGACCACGUACCACGUUUCAGACACAAACCACAACAGCUUAUUAAAUAGUAGAAUACUAUUUAGUACACUGGAUCACCAUUUUAACGUUUGAGAUAUCUUUUUCAGGUAGUUCAGACACAAACCACGACAGCUAGCUUAUUGUAGAAUACUACCUACACUGGACCACGUACCACGUUUCAGACACAAACCACAACAGCUUAUUAAAUAGUAGAAUACUAUUUAGUACACUGGAUCACCAUUUUAAUGGAUAUUAGUAUAUUUUAGCCUGGUUCUCCAACAUAUACAAUCCUUCAGUUAUCUGAUGUCCAUAUUGACCAUCAAUAUGCUGAAAACACAAGCACUAAAUGUGGAGAGCCAUUGUGCUGUAGGAAAUAUAAUGGUAUGUUAGUUUGGAUGUAACUGCAUAAGGAGUAUCUUAAUUGCAAAUACUCUAGGGUCCAGGCAUGUUGGAAAAUUCUUAAAGGAAAUCCUGGAAAAGGUUUUGGCCAUAACAUUCAAUAAAACUGAAUAUACCUGGGGUUUUGUAAAUGGCAUCUUUGAACGAAAUUUGUACAAUAGAUUUUUGUUUCAUCCAUCUACGAAUAUUCCCAAUCUAUACACACAUAGAAAUGCACAAGUUGUAACAAACCUGCAGCAUACUUGUAGCAAUGCUGUUCUAACAACUUGUCAACAGGAUGUGUUCGCACUGCUUGUUCCCAGCUUGUUGACAACUUGCUACAAGGUUGUUGAGCUCGACAGACUUGUUACAAGUUAUUUGAACAACUUGUUAUCGUCCUGCAAUUCAACAAUUUGUCAAUAACCAGUUGUGAGUGACAACCUUGUAGCAACCUCAUAAAACAACAGCAUUGUUACAACAUGUCGACAAGCUUGCGAACACAUCUUGUUGACAAGUUGUGAGAUUUUUAUGUGUGUGCAUCUCAAACAUAUGCCAUCCUAUUGUUAUGAGUUUCUCCAGAAAUGAAUAUUUUUUAGUCAAAUCUAAAAACAUGCCAUUAAGUAAUUAAUAUGGUGCUCUUGUUCUUGGUCUAGGUGAAGGCAAGGCGGGUUACUGGGGGUCAUAUGAAUGUGACAUUCCAAUGAGAACAUUUGAAGCUUCAUUGAAACAUAUCAAAGACAUUCAUCAACAUGUAAGCUGACAUUGUCAAUAUCACUUGUUAGUAAUGUGCCUGAUGACGUACUAUUAGAUAACAAGGCCUUAUCAUGAUGACCACAAAUUUUUAACUUAUAGAUUGAUUUUGUGUAUUGGACCGGAGAUGUACCACCACAUAAUGUUUGGAAUCAAUCACGAACUGAUCAGGUAUUCAUGUCUACUCUCUAAAUAUAACUUUGUAAUCAGUUGCUACUUAACUCAUUGAGCACCAUUAGACAAAGUAAAAUAAUAAAGUAGGGUGCAUCGGCACAAUUGGCAGCUUAACAACUAACUAGUAUUUAAACUUUAUUAUUUUUCAAGCUUGUAGCAAUGGAGUCAGCAGUUAAGUUGUUUAUAAAAUAUUUUCCAAACACGCCUGUUUAUCCUGCCAUGGGGAAUCAUGAGAGCGCUCCAGUUAACAGGUUUGCAUCAGAUUCUUAAUCAUUAAAUUUAAAGAGUUAAUGGAACAGUAAACUUGAUAUUUAUUAAAAUAUUUUUCUCAUUUAGUUUUCCUCCACCCUAUGUCAAGGGUCACAGUUCAAAUAAAUGGCUUUUAGACGCUUUUGCAGAUUUCUGGUCAUUCUGGCUGCCCUCAGAUACCAUGCCCACUAUUAGAAGGUAUUUAUGACAAAAAAUCCCAUUUUGACCAACUUUUUCACUGUCAAAGUUUCCGGAUAUGAUGUCAUUAGGUGAAUUGCAAAUUAGUUUUCCUUUGUGUUUUGUACCAAAAAUUCACCUAAUGACAUCAUAUCCGGAAACUUUGACAGUGAAAAAGUUGAUCAAGAUGAGGUUUUUUACUAUGAAGAUACAUUACAUUUCUUCUCAGAAUAUUCCAAAUAUUACACAUACAAAAAAUUAUAUUUGUGGUUAGUCACAUGUUAAUUAUUUUACUCUGUGUAAUGCAAGAUGAUUUUACAUAAGGGAAGAGUGCUAGCUGCCUCUCAAUGGGUUAAGCAUCUUUAAAUAUACCCAUCAUACUUAUAUUUAUACUUACCACUACAUUAAUUGAGAUGAGAUUCAUUGAGGAUGACAAGUAUUAAUUAUUUACCACACAAUAUUAUUAAUUGCUGUAAUUAUUUCAUUCAAUAUUUUAGAGGAGGUUAUUAUACUGUGUUACAUACAAAAGGUUUCAGAAUCAUUUCAUUGAAUGACAAUUAUUGCAACAACGAAAACUGGUAGGUUCACUAGAAUUUUGACUUUAGCUUUAGAUUGGGGUUAGGAUUAGGGGUAGGGAUUAAAAUUAGGAUUGAGGUUGUUACUUCAUAGUUUAAGGUUGAAAAAUUACUGUAUCUUAAUUGUGGAUAUGGAAAUUGAUCGUGUAAUAAUUGGACGUGAAAUGAUGAGUGUUUGAUAUUUCUCCAGGUGGUUAUUGAUCAACAACACAGACCCAGCGGGAGAACUUCAGUGGCUCAUCAAAGUUUUACAGGCUGCAGAGGACAGUAAGGAAAAGGUGAUCAUUUGUGAUCCUCGUGUACAUGCUUGAUUCAUGUCUGGGUUCGAUUUCUACAAUAUACAGCUGUUAGGUUCACUUCAGUAUCAUGUGAGAAGAGUGCUCCAUUUUGACUCUACCACAGGUUUUCUCUGGGUAUUGCAAUUUCCUCCUGUAGUAACACUGGAUCAAUAAGAGAUGAUCCUUACUGCACCUCUGGGGAGAACAGUUUAGAACUGAUAGAACUAUCCAGUAUAAAUAAAGUUAGUUUAGUUUACGUUUCCUCCUGUAGUAACACUGGAUCAAUAAGAGAUGAUCCUUACUGGACCUCUGGGAAGAACAGAUUAGAACUGAUAGAGUUAUCCAGCAUAAAUAAAGUUAGUUUAGUUUAGGUUUCCUCCUGUAGUAACACUGGAUCAAUAAGAGAUGAUCCUUACUGGACCUCUGGGAAGAACAGAUUAGAACUGAUAGAGUUAUCCAGUAUAAAUAAAGUUAGUUUAGUUUAGGUUUUCUCCUGUAGUAACAUUGGAUCAAUAAGAGAUGAUCCUUACUGGAUCUCUAGGAAGAACAGUUUAGAACUGAUAGAGCUAUCCAGUAUAAAUAAAGUUAGUUUAGUUUAGGUUUCCUCCUGUAGUAACACUGGAUCAAUAAGAAAUGAUCCUUACUGGACCUCUAGGAAGAACAGAUUAGAACUGAUAGAGUUAUCCAGUAUAAAUAAAGUUAGUUUAGUUUAGGUUUCCUCCUGUAGUAACAUUGGAUCAAUAAAAGGAAGACUUUACUAGACCUCUAAGGAGAACAGUUUAGAAGCAAGAAAUGAUCCUUACUGGACCUCUAGGAAGAACAGAUUAGAACUGAUAGAGUUAUCCAGUAUAAAUAAAGUUAGUUUAGUUUAGGUUUCCUCCUGUAACAUUGGAUCAAUAAUGGAAGACUUUACUAGACCUCUAAGGAGAACAGUUUAGAAGCAAGAGCGCUUUCCAGUAUAAAGACGUUACGUUUACGUUUUAAUUGCUGUGGAAUAAAGAUAGAGAUUCGUCAAGAAAAGCUUGCUCAUCUGAACACAACCUCUUUCCCAGACUCUCUCCUCUUAACGAGGUUGGUCUGAACGACCUUAUCAAUGUCAUACCUAGAGCAUGCCUGUUCGCAGGUUAGGUGGUGGGCGAGUGCCUUAUCUGAAGAGUAGAUUACGUUAUUUUCCCUAGGUGCACAUCAUAGGUCACAUGCCAGUGGGUCGUUCAACCUGUCUCAAACACUGGAGUUGGAAUUAUUACAAGAUCAUUGAUCGUUAUGAAAGUAUUAUCCUGGGGCAAUUCUUUGGACAUACGCAUCAAGAUCACUUCGAGUUGUAUUAUGAUCUGGAAAAUAAAACACGAGCCACAAAGUAAGUGCGUUUGAUCGAGGGCGUUGCUCACAUGUGUAAUUAUAGUCAAUAGAAGCAUAGGCGUACGGGGGGGGGGGGGCAGUUUUGGGGCAGUUGCAAUAUCCCAGUUUUUGGGCAGUCGGCAAAUAUUCAUCAAUAGUCGGGCAAUUUCUUUGGUUUGUACUAAAAUGGGAUAAAUUCUGUCAAUUUUGUCUAAAAUUAUGAAAUUUUGGCAAAUUUUUGUGAUUUUUAGCACUCUGGUGUUAAGGUUCAAAGCAACAUUGGUUGUCCGAAAACUCCCACGGGGUGGUCGCCAAAAUAAUUUUCCGGAAAAUUUUGCGCGAUAGUCAAGAAUCAAAUUUUGGGCAAUGUGGAAUUUUUUUUGGGCAAAAGCUUACCCCCCCCCCCCAGAAUUUAGCGGCCCCGUACGCCUAUGAAUAGAAGAAGGAAGUUAGAGAACUCGUUGAAGACAUAAUACACUUCAUUAUCUGCAUGUCUUGGUUUAUGCAAGAAAUUAUCGGUUCAUUGUCACGUGUGUAUUGUAUUUUCACCAGAGCAACCAAUAGCAGUGUCUUGUUCUUGUAUACGUCUACAAAUUUUAAUUUGUAUCUGAAUAAUCAUUGUGCACCAUCAGACCUUAAACCCAGUGUUGACCCACAGUGGCUCGAAUACUUUAAUAAGGUUAUCUGACUUGGAUUAGCGUUAAAGCUACUUCAGAUACCCUGUGCUAACUUUGUUUUAAUAAUGUGUGGAAAAACAAUUGUAAUUAUGUAUUUUUGACUGGUGCGAAAUAAAUAUCUUCUUCUAUCACGACUGGGUAAUUAAACCAACACACUGCUAUCGGUUGGUUGGGGGGGAAAAUACUGUACAAUCCACACGUGACGAUGAACCGACCAUUUAUUGCAUAAACCAAGACAUAAACAACAAAAACAUAGAUAAUGAGAUUUAUUAUGUUUGCAUCGAAUCUGCAUAUAAUAUAUAUUACAUAUAUUACUUUUGUAAAUUAUUUCAUUCUCCGUUUUAGUAUCGCGUACAUUGGUCCAAGUUUAACAACGUAUCAAAAUUUAAAUCCAGGAUAUCGUAUGUAUACUGUAGAUGGAAAUUAUGAUAAAUCCACUUAUGUAAGUAUACCGUCAUUUGCAUCAGACUAUUUUACUCAAAACAUUUCUUAUGGUCACAUGUUUGAUCAGUCAAUAAUAGUAAAACUAGCCUUGCGCUAAUACUUGAAACAUUUUAAAACAUUAAUAUAAUUUCUUUUCCCCAGGCCGUGUUAGAUCACUCUACAUACUACUUGGAUCUUGUUAGUACAACUAGAGACAAAAUGGUCUGGAAGUUUGAAUACAGUGCUAAGGUAACUAAUCUUGUUGAUUCAUGUUUUCAUUCUGUCAAGAAGCUUGUGAUAGACCGAUAAUCGAUGUUGCCUAUUCGGCGGAUUUUUGCCUUGUCGGUAGACGAGUGUUAAAAAGUGCCCAAAUUAAGAAAUGAACCAAAUAACUAAAAAGACCACCUCAAAAUUACUAAGUAUACAAAGUUUGAAGACGUUUACAUGAAUACCCUUCGAAUAAUAAGUUUUCGAAAAUUGUGAAAUUACUGAUUAAAAGAUUGUUUUUGGGACGCGCGUCCCAAAAACAAAAAUUACAAUACACUUCUUAGUAAAUAUCACGAUUUUCGAAGGCUUAUUAUCCGGAGGAUAUUCAUGUAAACGUCUUCAAACUUUGUAUACUUACUAAUAUUCAGGUGGUCUUUUUAGUGAUUUGUUUCAUUUCUUAAUUUGGGCAUUUUUUUACAAUCGUCCCCAGUCCACUCAUCAACUUCGGAAUGGCUAAUCGGAAUCGUUAGAAUUAUCUGUAUUUCCGAUGUGUAAAACCAAUUGUUGAGAAAAUGCGCACUUUAAAAAUUCUAUUCAAUUUCUAUUGUCUAUUUCUGAAAUAGGAAGCCUACAGAAUGAGCUCUCUACAGCCUGCUGAGUGGGAUGAUUUCGUCACUCGUUUGGGAAAUAAUUACACUAUGUUUCAGAUGUAUUACAAGUAAGUAGAAGCUAACCACACGCAUAGGACGUUUCUGUUGCCGGAAUGGCGGCUUUCAGAUAUACAAAAUUUUCUGAUUCACAAUAGAUUUUUGCACGAUUUUUUCCGUUAAGAAUAAUUUGUUAAAACACAACUGUUGAAAUGCGUACAUUUCACAAGAUACAGCAUUCAAAAACUCAUUAAUAAUUCAUGAGGAAAAUACAAAAGAAAUCACUGUCGUGUCGGUCAUGAUUUUUUAUCUCAUAUAAAACUGGUUACCGUUUUUAUAUGUGAUAAAAAAUCAUGUUAAUUUACAUAAACUUUAGUUUUGAUUUUGUCGGCUUAGACAACGUUGAUUUUUAAAAUUACUUCGCCAAUGAACUUAUCAGAGAGUUUAUUUUUUAAGCCAUUUAAAAGACUCGCAGUCCGUGCCUUGACAGAUAUAAGCGAGUUUAAGACCUUGACGACGAACUACCGACUACGUUUGAAAUAGUUUUUGUUAUAUGUAUGCAAAUACUAAAUGCUUGUCAUAACAAAUUUAUCCCAAAUAUGUUUUAUGUGCAUGGCUCUGUGUUCGGUAAGAUUCAUCUUUUAACUUUCAUUAUUUCUUUAUAAAAACUCUCUCCAACCUGUAACGUUGCGUAGUCAGUUUCGGUGCUGUGUUCUUGAUUCUGUUUUACAACACAAGAAUGUGAUUUUUAUGCUGUAGCCAAGCUCGCUACGGUGAAAAGUAUGCUCUGGGAUAUGUAAAUUUUGUCUGCCUCUGUUAAAGCAAUGCGAAAACAAGCUUUCAACCGUACUCCGUAUACCCGUUGUUCGUUGUCGGCAUCGUAAACUCCCUAUAAAACACUCGACUAUCAGGGGUAUUUUCAGGCACUUUAGGCUUAGUACUACCGUUUUUCAGAAGAAGAUUGAGUUUCUUUUGGGGGGAGGAGGACGUUAAAAAAUUUUGUGUUCAGGGGCGCGCAUUCCAAAAUAUUUCGGGACCAACUUUUUACGUGUUUACAUUUUGGAAGUGGGGGUUGCACGAGGCGCCUAGCGGGAAAUUUUGAAACUUUGAAGUCUCUAGAUCGUCGGAAAUGGCAUUUUCAAAGUCUAGUUUGGCCAUCAGGUAGCUGUAGAGCACAGAAAGAGAGUUGAUAAUGGAACAUUUACAUUAAAAAAAUCAAAUUGUGAAAAAAAAUCAUUGUGGAGGAUAGAUCUUUCCCCUUUUAAGUGAAAUUUUGAUCUAGACAAGUCUGGACUAUACAAUUACUUUAUGGUUUCCGUGUUUGGAUGGCCUGAUCCAAACACGCGGGAAUGUUGCGAGAGUUAAGAAAAGCGCGCGAAGCACGAACCGAAGGCGAGUGAUUUUGCGCGCUUUUCUUAACUCGAGCAACAUUCCCAAGUGUUUGGAUCAGGUCAUCCUAACAGGGAAACCAUAAAGUAAUUGUUUUAUAAAAUAACAACAACACGAUAAUCUUCCGUGUUUGGAUGGCCUGAUCCAAACACGGGUUUCGACCAAUCAGAGCACGCGUUAUAUACAUGUUAUUUUAUAAAAAAAUUUCAUCACAGGUUGAAAGAGAAUCACAAAAUUAGUAAUAUACCGAAGUUUCGUUGCGAAAUGUUGUAAAAUGCGGAUAAUAUAGCCUUGCGAAGUUUGCCGUUUUUCAGUCAUUUUGCAUUACAAACGGGAAAUUGAUAAUCAGAUGAUCAAACUGAUUAUCAAUUUCCCAUUCGCAACGAAACUUCGGAAUAUUACUAAUUUUGUGAUGCUCUUUCAAGCUGUGAUGAAAUUUUUGUUCAGGCUAGUCUAGAUCAAAAUUUCACUUAAAAGGGGAAAGGUCUAUUGAAGAUUGAGUAUUUACUACCGUGUACCGGUAGUAGAAAAGUGCUUGAAAAUAUCCCUGGGCUGUUGCCUCGUGAUAAAGCAGUCCUGUUCGUUUACAGCAUGGGCUGCUGUAUAUAUUCUAUAUCUUCAUCUAGAUACAAAUGGAAAUGUUCUCCGUUUGGCGCGAAGUGUACAACGAGAGCCUGCAUUGUGGGCGAGAUGUGUGACCUGCGAUCAGGCAGAUCACAUGACGACGACUUUUUCUGCAGAAACGUAACCAGGCCUGAAUACAAUAUGUGCUGAGUCAGCUUAACGAAAGAAAGGUCACGUGAGUCUUUGGUUUGAAAAUUUUCAUAUGCGGUGUGAAAUAUCACUAUAAAAUAAGAUAUUGGGAUUUUGUACGCAAAUAUAGUUAAAUUUUAUUAUUUAAUCAGUCGUGAUGCAUGCAUAAGUGUUUCUAUAAAUUAAUGUAUAAAUAAAUAGUACGAUUCUGAAUUAGGGAGCCUCUUUUUCAGGAUAUCGUAAUAUUAAACUGCUUAUUUUAAAUUGAAAAGGUAUUAUUUAAUCAUUCAUAAAUAUUCAAAAAUAGUUAAGAUUGUUAUAUGGCAUUUUAUGUUCUGAAAUUAAAAAAAUAUUGAUAUUGUGAUAUGGUAUUUUAUGUUCUGAAAUUCAAAAAUUAUUGAUAUUGUUAUAUGG